AUCUCGCAGACCUAUAGGCCAUUUUUAUAAAAACAAACGCUUUAUUAGAUUUUUUUGCAAUUUAUCGUUUUGUUUUACUGGUGCAUGUAGAAAGGACGAUCAAUAGCGUAUCGUACAACAGGCAAAGAUGCAUCUUAUGUCAUGUAACUGUUGGAAUGAUGCGGCGAUUCAGCAUCACCGCUGCCUAUAGAUACAGCUGUUGAUCCUGUCGAAUGCUGCAAUUCAACUAGCGGUUAAUUGCCUUUUAUCACUAAUAUACAAGGCAAUAUUUCCUUCUCUUGGAAGCAGUAGAAGAUAAGCCAUCCUGAAUUCACGAAACUCGAAACACAAUUAUAUACAUGUUCAGUUAGAUAAGAAAACGUGUUCAGAAAGCUAAGGUGUAUCUUGACAUUGGAUGUAUUUUCAGUUGAAGCCUAGCCAAUGAGCCAAAGGAGGGAUAGAUACAUCAACGUACAAGGGAGCUUUGAUUAAUGCUUUCCAAAGGAAAAGAAUAAGUUAGUAGAUGGUUAUUUAAAGUAACCUGUUAUGUUCAACAUCGUUUCAGUGUAACUAACAUCACCCAGCUGCCGGGUAUUAAUAUCAAAUACAUUCAUAGUACAUGUAAGCGAGAUGGGAAGAGGUAAGAGGUGAGUAAGUGAUAGAUGAUAACGUCUGGAUUAACACACUCUGGAUAAGAAAAACAACAGUGAUAUGAUAAUGAACUUGGUAAUUUUGGAGCAUAAUAUAUGUGCAAUCACAACUUAAGGUCGGAUCAGUGGGAGAAAGGACAUUCUCAAUAUCCUUUGGAAUUUAUAUCGAUUUGUUCUACUUUGAUUCAAUACGAUUCGUGCAAUUGGAUUAACAAAAUUACAUUGCUGGGUAAUAUCUGAGAUGUAGAACUGUAAACAGGGUGGUUAAGAAGAGAUCAAUCAUCAAAGAGGACCUAAUAUCGGAGCUGAGUCAUCAGGAAAAAUUAUGGAGUCGACCUUUACUUCCCUCAGAGAUAGACUCGUCCAGAAUAAACAAUUGUUCGAGGAUCCUGACUUCCCUGCUGUGGACGAGUCUAUUUAUCAUUCUGAUGAAGUUCCCGAUUAUGUCAUUUGGAAAAGACCCAAGGAGCUGUGUGACAAUCCAAAGUUUUUCAAAGAGGGCGCUUCCAGGUUUGAUCUUGCCCAAGGGGCUAUAGGCAAUUGCUGGUUCAUAGCAGGAGCAGCAACUCUGACCACUAAGCCAUCAUUGUUCAACAAGGUGGUCCUACCUGGCCAGACCUUCUCUGACAACUAUGCAGGUAUAUUCCGCUUCCACUUUUGGCACUAUGGGACUUGGAAGGAGGUUGUCGUGGAUGACAGACUCCCUGUGUAUGAGACUAGUCAUACGCUGUGCUUCUGCAAAAAUAAAACAAACAAAGAUGAAUUCUGGGGCCCAUUGCUUGAAAAAGCAUAUGCAAAGUUGAAUGGUUCUUAUGAAGCACUCCACUCUGGGUUGAUACGUGAUGCCUUGGUGGACUUUACUGGGGGGAUCUCAGAAUCAUUCAGAUUGGACAAAAUGAGACAGGAAGAGGACCCACACCCCAUUCCCCCAGACUUCUUCAAACUCAUUGUAAAGAACCUGAAUGUAAAGUCCCUAAUGGGGCUAUCAAUAUGGAAUUCUCAAGGGGAAAUAGGAGAAGUUCCACUGGACAAUGGUCUAUUUAAAGGACAUGCAUAUAGUCUUACGAAAGCCUUAGAGAUCACACAUGAGGGCAAGAAAGUAAAGUUGAUAAGAAUGAGGAACCCAUGGGGUGAGAAGGAAUGGAAUGGGGCUUGGAGUGACAGCUCCAAAGAAUGGCAGAGCAUCCCAGAUAAAAAGAAGGCAGAGAUGGGCCUGAAGGUGGAGGAAGAUGGAGAGUUCUGGAUGUCAUAUGAGGACGUUAUGGCAAACAUUGAUGGCCUUGACAUGGUGCAUAUAUCCCCUCAGAACUAUAUAGGGGAGGAUUCAAAAAAUACCCAGCCCCAGCAAAAUGUCAGUUGGAAGCAGUACAGUCACCAUGGUGCUUGGAUAAAGGGACUCUCUGCAGGAGGAUGUGGUUUAUUCUCACCUGGCAAAGAAUUAUACUACACCAACCCCCAGUACACAGUGGAUCUCACUGACAAUGAAAGCAACGAUACGACAGUUGUGAUAUCUCUCAUGCAGAAGCUAACAAGGGCUACAGACACAAAUAAAAAUAAAAAACUUUUCAUCGGGUUUGAUGUCAGACCAGUUAAAGAUGGCUACAAAGGCUUAGAAGAAGGUGCGGCUUACACAGCAGAGGACCUCCUGUUCAAGGAGCACCACAGUCGCACUGCCCUACGUGAAGUGUCCUACCGUCUAGAGUUAAAGCCUGGUAUAUACUGUAUCAUACCCAACACACUCAGGGUCAAUCGUGAUGGCCGUUUCCUACUCAGGGUUUAUACACCAGCUGGCACUGCUAAAAUUAAAACAAAUUUCAUAGAUGUACCUACGGGCCCCAUAGAACCAUCACCAACACCAACUCCCACCCCUGCGAAACCUGCUGUUCCAACAGACAACCCACCUCCCUCUCCACAACCAAAACCUGUGAAACCAGCACCUAGUCUGACUCCAAGUGUUAGAGAACUGUUCUAUGAGAUGUCAGGGGAUGACUUUACUAUAGAUGCAGCUGAGUUACAGAAAUUGUUACCUCUUGUAUAUACAAAUCAGAGCAGGAGGACAUAUGGUUUGGAAUGUUGCCGCUGCCUUAUUGCUCUUGUUGAUCAACAUGAGAGUGGGAGAAUGAGUAGAAGAGAAUUGGAACAACUCAUCUCUAAAAUAAAUAUUUGGAAGGAAAACUUCAGAAAGUAUGACACAAACAACAGUGGAAAUAUACAAAGUUUUGAACUGAGGCCUUUAUUUAGAGAUAUGGGUUUCUCUCUAAGUUUCAACACUGCCUUUGCUCUGACAGUUCGCUACGGAGGCAAGGAUAUGGAGAUCAAAUGGCCAGACUUCAUUCUCCUAAGCGCAAGACUUUAUACUAUGUAUAAUUUAUUCCUAAAAUUUAAGGAGGCAAAUACUGAUAAAGCUUCGCUCACCCUAGAUGAGUGGAUGUACUCCUCAAUGUAUUUCUAACCAGACUGGAAUCUGAUGGAGAAUAACAGAAAGAAUAUAAACGCAAAGAAACCAUAUUCUUCCAUGUGUGAAAAUGUAUGACAUAACAUCUAUGUAAAAGAAUCAGUACUUCCCUGAGUAUAUCUAGCCAUAGAUAUACUAGUAGACAAAUCAAGAAGAUAUAAUGAGGAAAUAAACAUAAAGGUAUAACUAAGGCAGCCCAGUGAAGAGUCAAGUACAGGAAUGCACAGAGACACUACUGAGAAAACACAUACUUGAACAAUGAAGUAAUUUCAGUGAUGCAUGUGAAUUUUGGAUUGCAAGUUUCUCAUCCUCCAAAUCAAGGGCUCCGCAUCAUCCACUCUGGUCCUUCCUUGGUUAACAGAGUUGAUGAUGUCUGGAAGAUGAAGUUUUCUAAAUACGUGGUUGAUCAGAAACCUCAUACCAUUCCAAUACCUUUUUACAAUUAGAACUUAAAAAGUUUGUAUGGCAAAAUAUUUGGAAUCCAGAUUUUACUUGCUUUAGCUGAAAAUUGAAGGUUUCUCGAUAUCAUACGAAUUUUGUUCACCAUUUUGGAUGAGACUAACUC